CAACAUCGAUUGAAUGUUGUGUUGUCUUUGAAAUUAACCCAACACCCCCAAAACUCGCUCUCAAAUUAUUAAAGAAUUACGUAUACAGUACAAGUGUUUGUAUUUAUACAUAUACACAAAAAGAGCUUCGUGAUGGAUGUCCAGCAGAGUUUUGCUGAGGAAGAUGAGACUGAAGAAAUGAGUUUUGAAGGCAAUGACAACCCUAAUGGGUCAGACAGCUCUGAUUCUGAUGAUUCAGAAAAAGAAAGGGAAGAGCAUUAUGUUCUCGAGAGAAGAAUUGUUGAACUAAGAAAAGAACUCGCAAAAUCUCCAAAUGCCUACAACACACAUGUUGAACUGAUCAGUUCUCUACAAAAACUUGGGGAACUAGAUCAGUUGAGAUAUGCCAGAGAAUCUAUGCAUGCCAUUUAUCCUCUGACUGAAGAACUAUGGCUUGACUGGCUAAGAGAUGAAAUUAAACUUGGAUUAACAGAUGAAGACAAAAACAAAAUUGAAUUACUGUUUCAAAGGGCAACAGAGGACUACUUAAGUAUUGAUAUUUGGGUGGAAUACAUCCAGUUUUGUCUUGCUGGAAUGGAUAUUGGAGGUGUUGAAGCAUUGAAAAAAAUUAGAGCAGUUAUGGAAGAAGCCAUUCGACAUGGAGGACUUCAUGUUGUAAAGGGGGCUUUGCUGUGGGAUUCUUAUCGUGAUUUUGAAAUGGCGGUAUAUCAAACAACUAAAGGUGAAAGUGAAACUGAGAAGACCAGUCAAGCCCAAAAAAUCACGCAUUUGUUCAACCGUCAACUCUCAGUUCCCUUGCUGGAUAUGGAGCGAACUUGGACAGAAUACAAUGAGUGGCUUCAGAUUUUGGAUCAGAAAAUUGAACCACAUGUCAAAGCCACUUAUGACAAAGCAAAGGGACAAAUGGAAAAGAUAGCACCCAUAGAAGACACCCUGAUAAUCGCUGUUGAAAACGACCACAAGGUUGCAGCUUACCGUACGUAUUUGGAUCUCGAGAUGAAUGAAUUUAAAGAUCCUGCUCGCAUUCAAGCGCUUUUCGAGCGUAUUGUUGCCGAGAUGCCGCUGUAUGACUCAUUCUGGAACGAUUAUUGCAAGUUCGUCGAUCAUCAAUUCAAAGCCGCAGAAACCACUUUUGCCAUUUUUAAACGAGCAAUCCGCAACUGUCCGUGGAACGGACCCAUCUGGUCUGAGUACAUCUUGGCUGCCGAGCGCUACAAAAAAGAGGAUGGAUUCAUUGCAGGUUUAGUAGAGAAGGCUUUCAAUGCGGGACUAGCAACAGCGGCCGAUUUGCUGUCCGUUUGGAUGAGUUUCAUUGAAUACCUUGUACGAAAAUGCACAUGGGGUGACAGUGACAAUGAGAACAUCGUUCAACUUCGUGAAGCUUUUACACGAGCAACAGAACAUUUGGAUCAAACUUAUGAUGUCGAAGGAGACCCGGAGUGUACACUGCUACAAUAUUGGGCAUAUUUCGAAGCAAAAAAGCUGAAUAAUAUGCCCAAAGCUCGAGAGCUCUGGAGUAAGAUUAUAAGCCGAGGACACAGUAAAUCUGCUCAGUGGUGGCUGGCUCGUGUUCAGUUUGAAAGAACACACGAUAACAAUAAUGAAGAAGUCCGCAAAUUAUUUACGAAGAGUCUAAAUGGAGUCUCUUCGUCCGAUUGGCCAGAGUUGAUCGUUAAGCAAUGGCUGCAAUUUGAACGCGAAGAAGGAGACUUACAAACCAUGGAUAUCGCUAAACAGAGGUGUGAAGCUCGGAUGAAGAAGGUCAAUAAAGAAAGAGAGGGGCAAACGGUUCAAGAAGUAGAAACGGCUAAAGGUAGGAAACGAGGAAAGAUUGAAGAUGGGAAAGAAUCGAAACCCGUGCCUGCCAAAAAACCAAAAAUAAGCCAUGAUGCCGCAGCAACUAGUACGAAAGUUGUUCCCAAAAAGAAAGUUGAACCUAAAGUAAACGCCACCGAACCUGCUAGCAAGCCCGUUGUCAUUCCUAAACCGGUUACCGAUCCUUCCCGUCAUGCCAAUACGGUCUUUUUAAGCAAUCUGGCCUACGAAACAUCUGAACAAGAUGUACGCAACAUGAUGAGUUCUUCCGGCACCAUAACGGACAUACGUCUUGUUCUGGACUACAAACAACGUUGCAAAGGAUUUUGUUUUGUCGAAUUUUCUUCACAAGACGAAGCGAGAGCAGUUCUGAAGCGAGACCGUGAGCUUAUGAAAGGACGACCGGUUUUCAUGUCUCCAAGCGAACCGGACGCAGCAUUGAAGCAUCCAGCUUUCAAGUACCAGUCAACAUUAGAAAAGAAAAAACUGUUUAUCAAAGGCUUAGCUUUCACUACUACUAAAGAAGACUUGGAAGCUCUAUUUAAAAAAUUUGGAAUUCUGAAGGACGUUCGAUUAGUAACGUUACGGAACGGAAAGCCCAAAGGUCUGGCUUACGUUGAAUUCGAAGAUGAAGUUUCAGCGACGAUGGCUAUGAACCAGACAGACGGAACUACUUUCCAGGACAAAGUUUUGACGGUUGCGUUAAGCAAUCCACCUCCACGUCGCGAAGACAGAAACCUGGACAAGGAUGAAUUAUCUUUGGGUGGCGGAACACGGGUAAGGAGAACGCAAGUGUCGUUUGUUCCAAACGCCGUCCUUCGCCAGACAUCUCAGUCUUCCACCAUGCCGCCACCCGUCAGUGUUCCCGCCAGUGCUUCGAAGAGCAAUGCCGAUUUCCGGUCUAUGCUUCUAAAGAAAUAAUUUGAAAAUGACAUUGAAAUGGCACGAAUAAAUAAAAAAUGGACUGAUCAACAUUUAAUGGCACUUUAA